AUGUAUCUACGCCAACCCCGUAAGCAUCACCCAGAGAUGGCAGAGAAGCUGCCAGACUGGCGCCUGAUCGAUCGCCACGUCUUCGAGUGGACGAGUGGAGCUUACGACGAUGACCCCAUCCUCCUCGCCCAGAACAGUCAGAACUUGGAUUGCGCCCUCGUCUUCACGGGCACCAACACCUUCGGUGAGUUAGGCUCUUCUGUGAAGCAACACCUUACCGGCUAUUGCGGCUUCGACAAGGUCCAUGCUGGCUACCGCGAUGAGAUUUGGCAGCUCUCCGACCAUUCAAUCUGGAAAAAGAUUACGGACAAGCUGGCCAAGUGCAAUCGCGUCAUUUGCGUGGGCCAUUCUUUGGGAGGGGCCAUGUGUGACGUGUUCUCCGGUUGCAUCAACAGCGGGCACACUUCCGACCCGGACUACCAGAAGCUCGUGUGGUAUCAAGGAACCCCAGAGCUGAUGCCAGAGAUCGGCAGCGCCGAGGAGGAAGCGGCAUUGGGCGCCGGUCCGGCGGGCGGCUUGGGAACGAUCCAUGCCCUGUACACCUACGGCACGCCUGCCGUGGCAGAUCCCCCUUUGCAGGCAAUGCGGCGCUCAAUGUGCUAA